AUGAAAGAUUACCAGGUAUCAGUGAAGCAGCUAAGAUCUUUGGCUGGGAAGUUGAUGUUACCAAAAGAACCAGCACCAGUAUUACCAACAGUCCAUUAUAAUAUGGGUGGAGUACCUACAAAUUUCAAAACAGAAGUGCUUAAUUAAGUUAAUGGAAAAGACUAAAUUGUUCCAGGACUAUUAGCAGCAGGUGAAGCUGCUUGUGCCUCAGAGCCAAUUCAUUAUUAGAUAUUGUUGUCUUUGGAAGAUAGGCUGCCAAUUUAGUAGGUGAAAAAUGGAAGCCAGGAUAGAAACAACCAGAUCUUCCUAAGAAUGCUGGUGAGGCUGCCAUUGCGAGAAUUGAUAGACUAAGACAUCAUGAAGGAUCAUAAACUAUUGCCUAAGUUAGAAAGGAUUUAUAGAGAACCAUGUAGAAACAUGCAGCUGUAUUCAGAAUUGAAAAGACUCUAUAAGAAGGUGUGGAAAAAGUUAAGGAAAUCUAUUCAAGAAAAGAUGAUGUUAGAAUCAAAGACAAGGGAUUAGAUUAGAAUUAGAAAACUUAUUAUUAUAAGGAAAAAUGACUAUAGAAGGAGCUCUCAACAGAAAGGAAUUCCAGAGGUGCUCAUGCAAGAGAUGAUUUAUCCUGAUAGAGAUGAUAAAAAUUGGAUGAAACACACUCUUGCUAGAAUUCAAGAUACUAAGUCAGGAGAUGUUCAAUUGACUUAUAGAGAUGUCAUUACAAAAACUCAGGAUCCUAAAGAAUUUGACACUGUGCCACCAAAGAAGAGAGUAUAUUGAUAAUUAUAAAUAAAAUAUAUAUGAUUAUUUAAAACCACUUAAAA